CGGUUCAGGGGGCGGGGCCUCCGGAAGUGGCCGGUUGCGGUCUGAAGCUCGUUGUUUCGGCGGCCGACAGCAGCGGAGAAGCUGGUUCUAGGCAGCUCCGCUGGGUGUGAGGUGUGGUAACCUCUGCUAGGCUGGAAACCGGGACUGCGAGCUGCCGAGCGGCGGGGUGAGAAGCGCCUGCUUUCAGAGCUCACCAUGUCGCGGGGUUCCAUCGAGAUUCCCCUCCGGGAUACUGACGAGGUCAUUGAACUUGACUUCGAUCAAUUACCGGAGGGAGAUGAAGUCAUCAGUAUUCUGAAGCAGGAGCACACACAGCUGCACAUAUGGAUUGCUUUGGCGCUGGAGUACUACAAGCAAGGGAAAACAGAAGAGUUUGUGAAGCUGCUGGAGGCAGCACGGAUAGAUGGCAAUUUGGACUAUCGAGAUCACGAGAAAGACCAGAUGACUUGCUUGGAUACAUUGGCAGCCUACUAUGUACAACAGGCUCGGAAAGAAAAGAACAAAGACAAUAAGAAGGACCUUAUUACGCAGGCAACUUUGCUGUAUACAAUGGCUGAUAAAAUUAUUAUGUAUGAUCAGAACCAUUUGUUGGGAAGAGCCUGCUUUUGCCUGCUCGAGGGUGACAAAAUGGAUCAAGCUGAUGCACAGUUUCAUUUUGUACUUAACCAGUCUCCAAACAAUAUUCCAGCCCUUCUUGGGAAAGCUUGUAUUUCAUUCAACAAGAAGGAUUACAGAGGAGCUCUUGCUUACUAUAAAAAAGCAUUGCGCACUAACCCAGGAUGUCCAGCUGAAGUUCGUUUAGGAAUGGGCCAUUGCUUUGUCAAACUUAACAAACUGGAAAAGGCUCGACUAGCAUUCAGCAGAGCCCUGGAACUCAACUCUAAGUGUGUGGGAGCACUGGUUGGACUGGCUGUUCUAGAACUCAACAAUAAAGAGGCUGAUUCCAUCAAAAAUGGUGUGCAGCUUCUUUCCAGAGCCUAUACUAUUGAUCCUAGCAACCCUAUGGUACUGAACCAUUUGGCAAACCACUUUUUCUUCAAGAAGGAUUAUAGUAAAGUGCAGCACCUGGCUCUCCACGCUUUCCACAACACAGAGGUGGAGGCUAUGCAAGCAGAAAGCUGUUACCAGCUGGCUCGGUCCUUCCAUGUUCAGGAAGAUUAUGACCAAGCCUUUCAGUACUACUAUCAAGCCACACAGUUUGCUUCAUCUUCCUUUGUCCUACCAUUUUUCGGUUUGGGACAAAUGUAUAUUUAUCGAGGUGACAAAGAGAAUGCAUCUCAGUGCUUCGAGAAAGUUUUGAAAGCUUAUCCAAACAAUUAUGAAACUAUGAAAAUUCUUGGCUCUCUCUAUGCUGCUUCAGAAGAUCAGGAGAAACGAGACAUAGCCAAGGGCCAUUUGAAGAAGGUCACCGAACAGUAUCCUGAUGACGUGGAAGCUUGGAUUGAGUUGGCCCAGAUCUUAGAACAGACUGACAUACAGGGUGCCCUUUCAGCCUAUGGAACAGCCACACGAAUCCUGCAGGAGAAGGUGCAGGCUGAUGUCCCUCCUGAGAUUUUGAAUAAUGUUGGGGCCCUCCAUUUUAGACUUGGAAACCUGGGUGAAGCAAAGAAGUACUUCCUAGCCUCACUGGACCGUGCGAAGGCAGAGGCUGAGCAUGAUGAACACUAUUACAAUGCCAUCUCUGUUACCACAUCCUACAAUUUAGCCAGGCUCUACGAGGCCAUGUGUGAAUUUCACGAAGCAGAGAAACUGUACAAAAACAUUUUACGAGAGCAUCCUAACUAUGUUGAUUGCUAUCUGCGCCUAGGAGCCAUGGCCAGAGAUAAAGGAAACUUCUAUGAAGCUUCAGAUUGGUUUAAGGAAGCCCUUCAGAUCAAUCAGGAUCAUCCAGAUGCCUGGUCUUUGAUUGGUAACCUCCAUCUUGCAAAACAAGAAUGGGGCCCAGGUCAGAAGAAGUUUGAGAGGAUAUUAAAACAGCCAGCCACACAGAGUGACACCUACUCUAUGCUGGCUCUUGGCAAUGUAUGGCUCCAGACUUUGCAUCAGCCAACCCGAGACCGAGAAAAGGAAAAGCGCCAUCAAGACCGUGCCCUGGCCAUCUACAAACAAGUCCUCAGAAAUGAUGCCAAGAACCUGUAUGCUGCCAAUGGCAUAGGAGCUGUCUUGGCCCACAAAGGGUACUUCCGCGAAGCUCGUGAUGUAUUUGCCCAAGUGAGAGAAGCAACAGCAGAUAUCAGUGAUGUGUGGCUGAACCUAGCACACAUCUAUGUGGAGCAGAAGCAGUAUAUCAGCGCCGUGCAGAUGUAUGAGAACUGCCUCAGAAAGUUCUAUAAGCACCAAAACACUGAAGUUGUGCUCUACCUGGCCCGUGCCCUCUUCAAGUGUGGCAAAUUGCAGGAGUGCAAGCAGACUCUGCUGAAGGCCAGGCACGUGGCACCCAGUGACACCGUUCUGAUGUUUAAUGUGGCCUUGGUUUUGCAAAGAUUAGCUACCUCUGUCCUGAAAGAUGAAAAAAGUAACCUGAAGGAAGUCCUUAAUGCUGUGAAAGAGCUGGAGCUUGCACACAGGUACUUCAGUUACUUGAGUAAAGUUGGAGAUAAAAUGAGAUUUGAUUUGGCCCUUGCUGCCUCUGAAGCCAGACAGUGCUCCGACUUACUGAGCCAGGCCCAGUACCAUGUGGCCCGGGCACGCAAGCAGGAUGAGGAAGAACGGGAGCUGCGGGCCAAGCAGGAGCAGGAAAAGGAGCUCUUAAGACAGAAGCUUCUCAAAGAGCAGGAAGAGAAACGUCUCAGAGAAAAGGAAGAGCAAAAGAAACUUUUGGAACAGCGGGCCCAGUAUGUUGAGAAGACCAAAAAUAUCCUUAUGUUCACUGGUGAGACCGAAGCAACAAAGGAGAAGAAAAGAGGUGGAGGUGGAGGGCGGCGUUCCAAGAAAGGAGGAGAGUUUGAUGAGUUUGUCAACGAUGACACUGAUGACGACCUCCCUAUAUCCAAAAAGAAGAAGAGAAGGAAGGGCAGUGGCAGUGAGCAAGAAGGCGAAGAAGAGGAAGGUGGAGAGAGGAAGAAGAAGAGGAGGAGAAGACCUCCAAAGGGAGAAGAAGGAUCUGAUGAUGAUGAAACAGAAAAUGGCCCCAAACCAAAGAAGCGCCGUCCACCGAGAGCAGAGAAGAAGAAGCCUCCCAAGCCAGAACGCCUGCCUCCUUCAAUGAAGGGAAAAAUAAAAUCCAAAGCCAUUAUAUCAUCAAGUGAUGAUUCUUCAGAUGAGGAUAAACUGAAAAUUGCUGAUGAAGGACAUCCCAGGAAUAGCAACAGCGAUUCUGACGAUGAUGAAAGGCCCAACAGACGCGCCUCAUCUGAGAGCGACUCAGAUGACAACCAGAACAAGUCUGGCAGCGAGGCGGGCAGCCCUCGGAGGUCGGGUAGACAGGAGUCGGAUGAGGAUUCUGACAGUGACCAGCCGUCCAGAAAGAGAAGGCGCUCCGGCUCUGAGCAGUCGGACAAUGAGUCUGCGCAGUCCGGGAGAAGCCCCUCUGGAGGUUCCGAGAAUGAGAACGAUUCUCGCCCGGUUUCUCCAAGUGCAGAAUCGGACCACGAAUCAGAGCAGGGCUCUGACAACGAGGGUUCUGGCCAAGGCUCUGGAAAUGAAUCAGAACCAGAGGGCUCAAACAAUGAGGCCUCAGAUCGAGGCUCAGAACAUGGGUCAGAUGAUAGCGACUAGGUUUUUUUCAUCAAAGACUCCAUGGGGGUGGGAGGAGCUUUAUAAUAUAUAAAAGCUGUGAUAAAAAACAUUUCAGAUGGUUAGUCAUUUGUGAAAUUUUUCUUAAGGGAAUUUUUUUCUACUUGUAUAUUUACUAACUUCCAAGAGACAUUUCCUUUGCUAGAGUCCAGUGUCCAAAACUGGAGCAGUGAGACUCCUGCAUUGUGGUGCAGCUCCACCUGCCACAUGUGAAAACUGCAGUGGUGACAUGAUGCUAAAGCAUUCCCGCAAGGCUUGCAGACCAGGCUAGCCCCGUCUCUGCUAGGCAGCAUGCUGCUAUGUACGGUUUUUGUUGCCAACUUGUACCAAAUGUUGCAGAAGCCGAGAUAUAUGCCUUUGUUCCCUUUUGAGUUGAGACUGAAAGUUUUAUUUCUAGAGGAAAAGGUGUCCCUGUACUGAACUCUGAAAGGAAGGUGUUUACAGUGUGAGGUUGCAGCCAUGAGGCAGAGUGGCAAACACUGGGGAGGGCAAGGUGUGGAAAGUGCUUUCCUGUUGUUAGAGUGGGAAGACUUCCCAGCCACUUAAUAAACCCUUUACCAACCAUG